UACUACUGUUUUCUUGGCAAAGAGCCGUCCUGUUUACCGUCCGGUGAUUAUGGUGUGAUGACCAGUCGCUCAAUCCUUAUAAAGGCUCAGAAGCCCAGGAUGGCUACUUCUCCCACCGCCCCAAAGAGAAAAUGCGAACCGACAGCAAUAACGAAAAUUCCGUUCCGAAGGAUUUUGAAAAUAUUGACAAUAGCAACUUUGUGCCCAGGACACAAAAGCAAAAGCGCCAGCCAGAGCUGGUGAAAAAGCCCCUUAGCAAACAGAAAGAACAUUUAAGGAAAAAACUGGAACGGGAGGAAAAGGUGAAGGAGAACUCUCUCCUGGGAAAGAACUCCAAUGAAGUGCUGCAGUAUAGCAACCAGGCCCCCAAAAACAGCAGCAGCUUCAAGGAUAGUCACAGUUCUCCCAAGCAGCAUCACUUUAAAAAGAGUGGGAAUAGCUCGCCUGAAAUCAGGUAUGAUCAGCCACCGAAAUGCGAGAUUUCGGGCAAGGAGGCAAUCUCGGCUUUGUCCAGAGCCAAGUCAAAACAGUGCCGGCAAGAGAUUGCAGAGAUUUACUGUCAGCACAAGCAAGGGAAGCUUAUGCCGGAGCAGGUGUCCCGGUUCUGUCCUCUGGAAGGAAAAGCCAACAACAAUGUUCAGUGGGAUGAGGACUCCGUAGAGUACAUGGCGGCCAACCCUGUCAGAAUUGCUUUUGUCUUGGUUGUUCAUGGCAGAGCUUCGCGGCAGCUGCAGCGCAUGUUUAAGGCUAUUUACCAUAAAGACCAUUUUUAUUACAUUCAUGUUGACAAGCGAUCCAAUUACUUGUACCGACAAGUCCUACAGUUUGCCAGCCAGUACCCGAACGUGAGAGUCACCUCCUGGCGCAUGGCAACUAUUUGGGGAGGAGCCAGCCUUCUGUCCACCUACCUGGAGGGCAUGCGCGAUUUAAUGGAAAUGAAGGACUGGCCAUGGGAUUUCUUCAUCAAUCUCAGCGCAGCUGACUACCCAAUCAGGACAAACGAGCAGCUUGUGGCGUUCCUGUCGAGAUACCGUGAUAUGAACUUCUUGAAGUCACACGGAAGGGACAAUGCAAGGUUUAUUAGAAAACAAGGUUUGGAUAGGCUUUUCCUGGAAUGUGACACACAUAUGUGGCGCCUUGGAGACCGGAAAAUUCCUGAAGGGAUAACAGUUGAUGGUGGUUCAGACUGGUUUUUGCUCAAUAGGAAGUUUGUGGAGUACGUCACAUUUUCUAGCGAUGAUCUGGUGGCAAAGAUGAAGAGGUUCUACUCCUACACGUUGCUUCCAGCCGAGUCCUUCUUUCACACCGUCCUGGAAAAUAGCCCUCAUUGCAACUCCAUGGUGGACAACAACCUGCGCAUCACCAACUGGAACCGUAAGCUAGGCUGCAAAUGUCAGUACAAGAACAUCGUCGACUGGUGUGGCUGUUCUCCUAACGACUUCAAGCCCGCAGAUUUCCACCGGUUCCAGCAAACCGCAAGACCAACCUUUUUUGCACGCAAAUUUGAAGCUGUGGUGAAUCAAGAAAUAAUUGGCCAACUGGACUAUUAUUUAUAUGGCAACUAUCCUUCGGGCACGCCGGGCCUUCGGUCGUACUGGGAGAACGCGUACGACGAACCGGACGGCAUCCAUAGCAUCAGCGACAUUGUGCUGACCAUGUACCAUUCGUUUUCUCGCUUGGGUCUGAGGAGAGCAGAGGCCUCUUUCCACACAGACAGCGACAACAGGUGCCGGUACUACGCCAUGAGCCACCCAGUUUCGAUCCACCUCUACUUCCUGGCGGAUCAUUUUCAGGGCUUUCUGGUUAAGCACCAUGCAACCAAUUUGGCUGCCAGCAAACUAGAGACCUUAGAAACGUGGGUGAUGCCCAAGAAGGUCUUCAAGAUUGCAAGCCCCCCAAGUGACUUUGGCAGGCUGCAAUACUCAGAGAUUGGAACUGAAUGGGACGCCAAAGAGAGGAUAUUUCGGAACUUUGGUGGACUUAUUGGGCCCAUGGAUGAACCCGUAGGCAUGCAGAAAUGGGGGAAAGGUCCAAAUGUCACUGUUACCAUCAUCUGGGUGGACCCUGUAAACGUCAUUGCCGCUACCUAUGACAUUCUCAUCGAAUCCAGUGCUGAAUUUACUCACUACAAGCCACCUUUAAAUUUACCCCUCCGAGCUGGAGUCUGGACCGUUAAAAUCCUGCAUCAUUGGGUACCCGUUGCUGAAACCAAAUUCUUAGUUUCCCCGGUGACAUUUUCCAACAAGCAGCCCAUCAGACAAGAUGAAGCCUUGAAGUUGCACAGUGGGCCCCCAAACAAUGCCUACAUGGAGCAGAGCUUCCAGAGCCUCAACCCUGUCUUGAGCAUCCCCCUCAAUGCCGCACACAUGGAACAGGCGAAGAAGAAUGCUGCCCUCACUGGCCCCAAGUUGGAAAACUGGGUGGAUAGCUUGGUGGGCAGCAUGUGGUCGGCAGUGGACGUCUGUACCGUGGGGCCCACGUCCUGUCCAGUCAUGCAGGCUUGUAGCCAGACAUCAUGGAGUUCCCUGAGUCCAGACCCAAAGUCUGAGCUGGGCCCAGUUAAACCAGACGGACGGUUGAGGUAGCACCUGGUAACACCUUUGGUGGGCUUAAAAGGGAAUUUAACGUAGUGCUCUUGCGACUUGGGGUACAUUUGCACUUCAAAAAAAAAAAGGUUAGCUAGCUAGAAGGCAGCCAGGCGUUCUUGAAGAAAACUUAGUUUUCACGAGGAUGCUGAAGAUUCCAAAAAUGCCGGAUGUUUCAUUGCAGGUUAUU